AUGGCGGUGCUUUGGGAAGGGUGGGUGCAGUGCCAGGGAAACUGGCACUCCAGUGAGCUGCUGCUCACCUUGCAGAGCAGCCGCAAGAACAAGAGACGUGGAGCGCGGCGAUGGAUGACCGUGAAGGAGCUCGUAGACCGCUACGGCCAGGAGGUCGCCGACGAGGUUGUGGAAUACAAGUCCAGGGAUCCGGUUCUCCGAAAGACUCAGAUCAAGUGCCAUCCAGAUUGCCCUCGACUCAUGCUGUACCUAUGCUUCGACUUCGAGUGCGAGGAAGAAGAGGAAGAGGACAUUCUUGGUUACAUGGCAUCGGCCGUGUACAGAGACGGUGGGCAUGAGGAAGGCGGACGCUCGAGGAAGCGAAAGCACGAGAGCGAGGCUGAGUCUGACAGCUCGGAGAGCAGCAGCUCAUCCUCGAGUGAGGAGAAGCGCAGCAAGAAGAAAAAAAAGAAGGACAAGAAGGACAAGAAGGACAAGAAGAAGCAGGGAGGAAAGAAGCCGACAGCUGAGCAGCUUGAGCGCAAGGCUGCAGAGGAGAAGAAGAAAGAGCAGGAGAAAGAGGAAAGGCGCCAAGAGCGCCAAAACUUGAAGGAAGAGAAGCAGAGAGACAGAGAGCUCGAGCGCAAGAGGCAGACAAUCGUCAAAGAUGCAAAGAAGGCCGAUGAGAUUGGAAAGCUGGUGGGCGAUGCCAAGAAGAAGAUGAGUGAGUUUGGUAAGUUUAUGCGGGACAUGCAAUAG